CAGGACCAUCAUUCAUCGCUUACAGUGGACUUGGAUCUCUCUCAAUCCAAUGGAGCAGAUUGAAUCGAACUGGAAAUGAGAGAAAUCCAGUGUCAUCUUGCCCAUCCUCACUACUUGGAUCAAUGGAUGAAAACCCAUGUGUGAGCACCAGCGGGGAAAUGAUAGAGAGUUCUAAUGGAAAAGAGUUAGCUACAAACAAAGGAAAUUCAGAUGUGGAACCAUAUGUGGGUAUGGAAUUUGAAUCUGAGGAGGCUGCCAAAGUGUUCUACGAUGCAUAUGCAACAUGCUUCGGCUUCAUCAUGCGAGUGGAUGCAUUUCGGCGAUCAAUGCGUGAUGGGAAGGUUGUUUGGCGUCGACUUGUGUGUAACAAAGAAGGUUUUCGUAAACUCAGACCGCGGAGAAAUGAAAGCAGGAAACCUAGGGCAAUCACCAGGGAGGGUUGUAAGGCAAUGAUUGUUGUAAAGAAAGAGAAGACAGGAAAAUGGGUUGUUACAAGAUUCGUUAAGGAGCACAAUCAUCCACUGGUUGUAGCACUGGCCAACAGUCAUCGCAGUGUGAUCCUGUCGCAAACACUAGACGAUAAAGAUGUAAAAAUUCGGGAAUUGACAGCUGAAUUACAGCGGGAGCGAAAGAGAUCUGCUGCUAUCCAAGAACAGCUUGAUAUGGUUUUGAAAGACAUGGAGGAGCACUCCAAUCACCUGUCAAGAAACAUUGAUGACAUAAUUCAAAGUGUGAGAGAAAUUGAAUCGAAGAGAGUAGUCCGUUCGCACAGCUGAUGAUGGUUUCAUUGGUUGUUCACUUUCACUUUGUACACGUUUUUUCGUAGGCAAUAUUUGUUUUCCGAACUGUAAAUUAUACUGUAAGUUGAGAUGAAUUUCCCUGUACUUGUUGUAAAAAGUACAUAACCAACUGAGGUAUGGUCUAAUAUUUUCAA